UUAAAUGAGCUGACGCCAGAGGAGAAAAGCACUUUCUCUAAGGUUUAGCAGCAAGGAGCAGCAGCAACAGAAGCAGCAAUGAGACGCCGUGUAUUCCUCGCUGUGUUGCUCAGCCUGGUGUUGGGCCUUUUGAAAGAAACCACUGCUGCCUCAGAAGGAGAAGAAUCAACAACUGUGCCAACAACCUCAAAAACUCUAGGAAGCGAGAAUGAAACUGAAGCAACGACUGCCCCAUCAGUGAAUACAACCACAGAUACUACAGGAAGCGAGAAUGAAACUGAAGCAACGACUGCCCCAUCAGUGAAUACAACCACAGAUACUACAGGAAGCGGGAAUGAAACUGAAGCAACGACUGCCCCAUCAGUGAAUACAACCACAGAUACUACAGGAAGCGGGAAUGAAACUGAAGCAACGACUGCCCCAUCAGUGAAUACAACCACAAAUACUACAGGAAGCGAGAAUGAAACUGAAGCAACGACUGCCCCAUCAGUGAAUACAACCACAGAUACUACAGGAAGCGGGAAUGAAACUGAAGCAACGACUGCCCCAUCAGUGAAUACAACCACAGAUACUACAGGAAGUGGGAAUGAAACUGAAGCAACGACUGCCCCAUCAGUGAAUACAACCACAGAUACUACAGGAAGCGAGAAUGAAACUGAAGCAACGACUGCCCCAUCAGUGAAUACAACCACAGAUACUACAGGAAGCGGGAAUGAAACUGAAGCAACGACUGCCCCAUCAGUGAAUACAACCACAGAUACUACAGGAAGCGGGAAUGAAACUGAAGCAACGACUGCCCCAUCAGUGAAUACAACCACAAAUACUACAGGAAGCGAGAAUGAAACUGAAGCAACGACUGCCCCAUCAGUGAAUACAACCACAGAUACUACAGGAAGCGGGAAUGAAACUGAAGCAACGACUGCCCCAUCAGUGAAUACAACCACAGAUACUACAGAGAACUUCUGCAGUUCAGACCCUUGUGGAAGAAAUUUUGCUAAAUGUGUUUCUUUAAAAAGCAAUUAUACCUGCCAGUGUGACUAUGGAUUCUACUAUAGCAAGGAGGAUAAGAAUUGUUACAGAGGGGAUGUAUACCCAGGGGUCAUUAGUGUGAAUCAAAACUCCAAUGACAGUGUUAAAAUUGUGAAUUCCACAGCAUAUGAAGAGGUGUUCAACGGUGUAUCAGAAUUUUUUGAAAGGGCCUUCAAAAAUUUAUCGACCUAUGUACAGACAGUCAUCGUGGAAAUUCAACCUUCAGAAAAAUCCAGAGCUGCUUCUCAAACGAUUGUAACAGUGAUGAACCUGUUUAAGGAGAACUCAAGUGUGACCAAUGAAACAGUUUCUCAUGCAGUAGAACAAGCAAUAGAAGAAAAUUCAUCCUAUGUCUCUUCUUACAAAGAGGCAAAGAAAUGUGAUGUGUUUCAGUGUGAUAAUCAAACCACAGUCUGUGUAGAAGACCUGUUUCCAGAAUGCCAAUGCAAAAGUGGUUUAGAAAAGACGACAUGGGAUGAUCGUUCUUGUUCAGCUUGCAGUAAAGACUGUUCUGCGCAAGCACACAAGUACUGCGCAAUAGAAGGUGGGAUCCCAAAAUGCACAUGUAUGACUAACUUUGAAGACAAAGAUGGAAAUGAUGGAGAAUGCGUACCUUGUCAAGUGGGCUAUUCUGGGGAGAACUGCACUGACAACACUGAACUCAUCCUUAUAAUAGUGGGUACAAUUCUUGGAGCCAUUAUCCUGAGUUUAGUGAUAACAGUCUCUGUAAUUUCAGCAAGAGCCAAACACAAACAAAAUCCAGAGAAGAAGAAGCUGAUAAAGUCAGGAUAUUCCGACACAGAUAUCUCUGAUGAUAGACCGACCAUAACAUUCCCCAGAGUCCAGACCACUUCUGGCCAUGCAAACCCAGGAUAUCAGCCAAACAACCCAUAUGAGAUGCCUUCCACAAAUAAAGGUCAUUUUUUGGAGAGGGAUUAUGAUGAUUUGUACGAACCAUCACGGGAGCGUGGGGGCUUUAGGAUGCAGAGCAGAUACUAAGUGACAAGAGCAGUAGAAGGACCUACGACCACUGCAACACUGGGUCAGACCAAAGAGUUUCGCAGCCUCUCACCAAUGCAGUUACUUCAGCAGAGGAGACAACAAAGUCCUUGACUCCAGAUUCUCUCAAGAUUUUCUAAAAGAAGACACCCGCUUGAAAGAGAUCAUGGACAACUCUGAAAUAAGGGGAAAAUGUAAUAGAGGAUAGGGAAAAGAAGAAGAUAUCUUUUAAAAAAAAAUAAUGAGCUCCAACAAACAUUAGACUUCUUUGAGAAGGCCAGUACACUGGCAAGAGAAUGAGUGUAUACAAGAUAUCAGGAUUUUAAUCCUGCUGGUUUUCAGUUCUUCUGGAAGAUGGUCCAAGAAGUAUGUGUGAUGCUGAAAAAUGUCAGCAUCCAGAGCUUUACCUUUAUUUGUGCUCACUCAAUUUCAACUAAGGCUUUGGGUAGAUCAAAACUGUUUUUCAUGAGAUCCUACCCUGUUUCACUUUACUAUAUCAGAUACAGUCUUUUUUACCCUCCUCAACCCCCCAGUAUUUCCUAUCUGAAAGCAUUUUGUUCAGAUCUCUGCUGACAUGUGUUGUGUAAGACAAUGGCACUUGUCUGACCUUUUCCACAGCCUUCCUUCCCAAUAAAAUGGCAAGAAACAA